CAGGCAUGGCUGUCUAUGGAAGUUAUAGUAUGAAAGAAGAAGAAGAAGAAAAUAAUGCCAUCGCAAUUUGAUUUACUAUCCAGUAAUCUGUGUAUUUUACUUUGUCAUUAUGGACACGAGCUGUUUUGUGGUUUGCAUUACUGUCGCCAUAUGACCUAUGUCUGCGGACUGACACCGACAGAUUUUGGGAUUUCUCUGUAAACAUCAAAGGAACUGAUGUGGGUCAAUCACUGACACUGAAUUAUCACCGAUUUUGAUGAAAAUCAAGAUGACGGUGACUUACUCCAGUAAAGUCGCCAACGCCACCUUCUUCGGUUUCCACCGACUGCUGCUUCGAUGGAAAGGCAGCAUAUACAAACUGCUUUACCGGGAGUUUAUAGUCUUUGUCCUUUUAUACACCGUAUUGAGCAUUGUGUACAGGCUGGUUCUGUUGGACCCUCAGAAGCGUUUAUUUGAGAAGCUUUCCCUCUACUGUGACAAGUAUGCUGAACAGAUCCCAGUUACCUUCGUUCUUGGGUUCUAUGUCACUCUGACAGUCAACCGCUGGUGGAACCAGUUUGUCAACCUACCCUGGCCUGACCGCCUUAUGUUCCUCAUCUCCAGCUGUGUCCAGGGUCGUGAUGAACAUGGCCGCCUGCUGCGCAGGACGCUGAUGCGCUACGUCAACCUGACAUCCCUCCUCAUCUUCCGCUCCGUCAGCACGGCCGUCUGCAAACGCUUUCCCACCAUGGACCACGUGGUGGAAGCAGGCUUCAUGUCCGCAGACGAGAGGAAGAUCUUUGAUAAUAUCAAAUCCCCCCACCUGAAGUACUGGAUCCCAGUGGUCUGGUUCUCCAACCUGGCCUCCAAGGCUCGCAAGGAGGGACGCAUCAAGGACAGCGUGGACCUCCAGACCAUCCUCAACGAGAUGAACAAGUUUCGGAGCUGGUGCUCCACUCUCUUUGGCUACAACUGGGUUGGGAUUCCGUUAGUCUACACACAGGUAGUCACUCUAGCAGUGUACACAUUCUUCUGCGCCUGCAUCAUCGGUAGACAGUUCCUGGACCCGUCGCAAGGCUACCCUGGUCACGACCUCGACCUGUAUGUCCCCAUCUUCACUCUGCUCCAGUUCUUCUUCUACUCUGGAUGGCUCAAGGUAGCGGAGCAGUUGAUCAAUCCGUUUGGCGAGGAUGAUGAUGACUUUGAAGCCAACUGGUGUAUCGACAGAAAUCUACAGGUAUCAAUGCUUGCAGUGGAUGAGAUGCACAUGAGCAUUCCCAGGAUGACUAAGGACAUUUACUGGAAUGACUCUGAUGCCAGACCGCCCUACACACUGGCAGCUGCUGAAUACUGUAUACCCUCCUUCCUGGGCUCCACCACGGACAUGGGCCUAUCAGACAUUCUGCAGUUUGAGGAGGUCGACACCAACCUCAGCGACUUCCAUCCCCACCGGCAGGAGUCCGUUCUGGGCCGUGUGCGCCGUCUCCUCAGCGUCCAGGACCCCCCAGAGCUGGUCCCGCCCCAGCACGCCUUCAAACGCCACAGCAGUGACAUCUCCAGCAUGUUCUUCCCCUUCGUAUCUGACUGCAGAGUGCACCCUGGGAUAGACGAUUCACAGACUCAGGCGUCCUCGCUCCCCAGAUCCAACCACUUCCCUCCUCCCACCUCCAACCCGCACUCCCCCCACGCCCUGGACACCUUGGGCACUCUGAAGGAGGUGAGCAGCGGCCCCUCCUCCCCCGACACCAAUUCUCGCUCGCGCUCGCGCUCCCCCUCCUACACAGACCUGCCCACAGUGGUGGUCAGCCCGCCUUUCGGCAGCAACGUUGACACGGACAAUAGUGGUCGUCAUAGCGACCCAAAGACGAUGGACAACGGGAUAGUGUCUGGAGGUCUGCUUGUCCAGAACGGUAGCUCACAGCCAGAGCAGGCCUUGCCGAAGCCUGGGACUACAGUAGAGCCGUCCCCCGUGGAGGUAGCUCUGGGGUUGGAUAACCCCGUGUACAGCUCAACCCAGUUGGGCCCCAAGAAGUUUCGCUGGAGUAUCCCCAAAGACAGGGCCAGGCCACGGUGCAGACAUCUGUCCUUCCAGCUGUCCAGGCAGGCUUCAAUGAGCUCUGUUCGUAGCCUGCCCAGUCCCAGGGUACUGGGGAGGAAAACCCCAAGCCUCAAAAGAUCCUCCAACUUGCCAGCUGAACCUGCCCGGCCCAGAGCACCAGACACUGACGUCCAGGCCUCCAGCCAUGAGGAGGGUGACAAGAAGCAGGAACCUGCUGACAGUCAAGGAGACACGGACGGCUCCCAAUCACAGAACUUGUAACAUUCUGGGAAUGUUUAUCUUUGCCGUGCCUUCCUAUAACAAUAUAGGCCUCAACGAGGGAAACUGCACUUUUGAUCAAUUAUUUGUUAAGAUAAUGCUGUGUAUUUAUUGCUACUGCUGUACCUAUAAAAUAUUAAUAUUUCAGGUGGACAUACAUUGUGUAUUAAUUUAAUUUAUCAUUCAUUUUCAGUGUGUGUGCGCAUGAACGUGUGUGCAUAAUUAAGUAUGUUUGUCAACAAGCUAAAGACAAGCCUGUGGUCGAAAGGCCCAAAAGCUACGCUUCCUGAUAUCCCUGCUCGCCUCUCCUGAAGACAUCUCCCUCAACCUGAACUUGAGGAGCAAGGAACUAAAUACAACAUGACCAAUGUGCCCUCUUUACUGAACCAUCCAUAGUUGGACACAACUAAGGGCAUGGAAAACAACGUUAACAGGGCGAUUUAUUCAAGACCAGGAACUAUCAUGCUCUGACAUUG